CGAGCGUAUCUAGAUGGCACGUUUUUCGCUCCAGAUCUGGAUAAGUUGUCGUUUGAUGGAACGGUCUGGGGCAUUUGCCAAAUUUGCAAAAAAGAAAACAAUAAAGAUCAUAGCAUCAGCGGUACCUUGAAAUCUUCAUCAAAUUACGUGAGACACUUAAAGAAUGUACACAAAAGAGCAUUCCAAGAAUAUGAGGAUUAUGCCAAACAGAAAAACAAAAAACUGAAAACAGAUAACGAUGAAGAUAAGUAUAAAACUUUUUGUUCAUUUUCUCAAGCCCGCUUCGACAAUAACGUUGUGAACUAUCUUUUAGAAAGUAUGUCACCACUGAAUACAGUCGAGUCACCAGCAUUCAGGAAAAUAUUUGAUGAUAUGAAGAUUAAGCACCAUGGAAAGGAGCUUCAGCAUUUGUCUGCUCGUACCGUUGGCCGACGGAUAGAACAAACAUUUUUGAAAACCGUUGCCGAUAUUUCCGCUGAAUUGGCAAACGUCUCAUUUGUCUGUACGACUGCUGACACUUGGUCAUCUCGUCAUCGACGAUUCGUUGGCAUGACUGUUCAUUGGAUUGACGAGCUGACUAUGGAACGUAAAUCGUACGCAAUAGCAUGUAGGCGGCUCAAAGGUGAUCAUUCGUACGAUAGAAUAGCAGAAAGCAUCAAAGAUAUUCAUGCGUCGUAUGGAUUAUCCGAAACCCAAGUAUUUGCAACUGUAACCGAUAACGGUUCAAAUUUUGUAAAAGCUUUUCGCGAAUUCGGGCUCCAAUCUGGCGAUUAUUUUUUCGAAGGUGAAACCGUAGAUAAUGAUAAGAAUGCAAGCAAUGCAAUCGUUGAAAGUGAAUCCGAAGAUGAUUCAGACCAUGCGGAAAUGGAGUUGUUUGAUGAUUGCAAUGAUUCGAUUCCCGUGCUUCCUCAGCAUUUUCGUUGUGCCAGCCACACGCUUAAUGUCAUUGCGACGACUGACAUGCUUGCUGGUAUCAAGAUGAGCAAAACUUUGAAACAAUCAUUUGAUGAGAUGAUCGCUAGAUGUAGUAGUUUGUGGAAUUUGCAAAAAUCUCCAAAAAAAACCGAAAAACUAUGCUCCGCGAUUGGUCAACCCUUGAAAAGGCCUGUAGUGACCCGCUGGAAUUCACUGUACGACGCUCUCAAACAAAUCCAGAGUUUGAAAGAGGCUAUUUUGCAACACAGCAAUGAAUUGGACAUCACAAAUCCACUGAGGGACACUGAUUUCAGAUUCAUGGAAGAGUACAUUAGCUGUAACAAGCCUGUGGCCGAAGGUCUUGAUAUAUUGGUAUGGAAAAGAGCAAUCUUCAAUGGUGCAACCCUUUAGUUGGUACACUACUUAGAGGUUUGAACCGUCGUUUCCAAAAACAAUUCGAUGUGGAAGAAGAAGGACGUGUCAGUGCAGUAGCUGCUGCGACACAUCCUCUCUUCAAACUGAAAUGGCUGAAGUGCUUGAACGCUGAUGCGCAAGGUAACGUUCACGCUGCAUUACGAGAAGCGUUUUCAGAUACUAAUAACGACAGUAAUGAAGAGAUUUCAAUGACUACGAAGGAUAACGAUUUCUUCGACUUUUCAUGUGCCACUGAAUCCGGUAAUAAUGACACCAUCCAUGUUUUCGGGGCUGAGGCCGGAGAAGCAGUAUUUCAACGAUUUGCCUUCGAGAAAAAAACUGAUUUGCAACUUUUGAAUACAUAUCCGUCUGUAAAAAAGAGGUUCCUCAAGUUCAAUACGCCUCUUCCAUCAUCAGCUGCUGUUGAAAGAUUAUUCAGCUAUGCAACGAUGUUCAAUUUACCGAAAUAU